AACCGACGAGUACCACUUUCCUAGUGUUUCCUGCUUCACCGUGUGCUCAUCUGCGGCUUUUUCAAACAUGGAGGAGGGGGAAAGAAGAAGUGCACCUACAGGCAGAAAAGAAACAACAACUGCAACCUGCCGGAGCACACCGUCAGUAUCAGAGAGUCAACCGGAGACAAGCAGCACAGCUCAUGACGCAGAUAAAAUAGAUGUCUGCUCUGACAAGUUUGACCCACUGCUGGCCUUGUACUCGCCCACCGUGCCGCUUCCUUUUCCUAAUGUCAAAUGUUUUAACAACGUGUCAGCGUACGAGAGCUUUCUGAGGGGCGGCCGGGGAAGAGCCAAGCCGGAGAAUGUGGAGAAAAAGCGGCAGAAGGCGAUGAGAGGGGUGGCGGACCCGGAGCGUAUCGCCAGACUGAAGAAGCUGAUGGUGAAGAACCCGGUGAAAGAUCCAGAGGAGGGAGAGGAGAGCACACCGAGGAGGAGGAGGCAGAAGACCCAGAAGAAUGUCCUGACGAGGAUGCCCUGUAGGUUCAACUACAGCAACACGUUGUUGUUGUUGUU